UAUUUAUUGAAAUUUUCAUUUCCUCCCGAGGGGAACGCGGAAUUCCUCGACCCCCCGGUGGUGGGGGUGGAAUUUCCGCGGGGAUUUUCGAGUGUUAAAACGCCAAUGACGCGAAUGUGGCAGCAACACCGGAGACUAGAGUCCCGGGGAAAUUAAUUAGUGAAUUUUUGAUGGGGUGGAGGGGUUUUUGACAUUUUCAUUCGAUUAUUCGAGGGUGCAUUGUGAUUAAACAAUCGAUAAUGAUGACACAAGUGAAGGAAAAUGGAAGUCUUCAGGAAUUGAGAAUUCCAGGAAUUUCCGGGGCUCGUGGGGGCGAGUAAAGAUUAAUAACCUUAAACGGAUAUAAACAAACCAAGACAAUGAAUUACCUGGAGAAAUGCCCAGGAAUGUACUGCGGACGAGAGCUCCUGGGUGACGGAAACUGGACAGAUUGCGGUGCCUGUCCCCGAGGAUUCAAAACAAACGAGACCUCCAUCUGCGUCCCGUGCGACGACAAUCCAAUGCUCUACGACUGGCUGUACCUCGGUUUCAUGGCACUCCUGGCACUGGUGCUCCACUGGUUCUGCAUCGACAUGGUGGCAAUGAGAAGAAACAUCCCCAAGGAGGUGAUCGCCCUCCACCUGUCUGCCCUCGUGGAAAUCCUCGGUGCAUCCCUCAUCACUCUCCAAUUGACCGAACCCAUCGGUUCCUUCGGCAUUCAGUCCUGCAGGAUUAAACGACUCUCGGAUUGGUACACGCUACUUCAUAAUCCUAAUCCUAAUUACGAGAGAUCGUUGCACUGCACGCAGGAAGCUGUUUACCCACUGUAUACAAUGGUUUUUGUAUUUUAUUCCCUGGGAGUCCUCCUGAUGCUCCUCCUGAGACCUCCAAUAGCUCAAAAAUUCCUCCCUAAACAGGGAAAAUUCUCAAUUUACGCUGCCCUGUACUUCUUUCCAAUUCUGGCUCUACUGCAUGCAGUAGGCGGUGGAUUAAUCUAUUACUCGUUUCCAUACAUCACGAUUAUCCUCUCGGUCUUGUCGAAUGCAGCGCACUUUGCAUUCAAAUUGAAUCAGACUAUGAAGUCGCUGCUGCUCAGUUCAGUAUCGGACAUUAAGAAUGUCGUCGUCAUCCUGGGACACUGGCUUCUUCAUGGAUACGGAGUUAUGGCUGUUGCAACACUUCGUGGCGUCAAUAUUCAUCCGGCAAUGGUCAUACUGGUACCUUUACCCGCAUUAUUCUAUAUACUCACUGCCAGAUUUACAGAUCCACAUAAACUCCACAUAGAGUAAUUACUCUGUGAAAAAUGCAGUGAAAAGUCUUUUUUCUUAGUGUGUGGGAUUAACACGAAAAGAAAAAUUAAGUCGUUUAAACAAUUUAAUUUUGUAAUGUAGUGUAAAUAUGAGAGGAGAGGAUUGAGGGUUGAAAAUUGUAUUAUAAAAUUAUUACGUAAUGUUUGUAUUGUAAUUUGUUCAUAAAUCAAAACUUCGACUGUAAUGACGAUAAUAAUGAUGAAUAAUUAUGAGAUCUAGGUGAAAAUAAAGGGAAACAGAUGGA